CAGUACGUCAAAUGCAAUAAAGUAUAUUCAAAUAAAAAAAUAACAAACUAAUGACAAAAGUUUGUAAUUUUGGGGAUUUCACAUAACAAAUUAUUUAUUAAAUCGUUUGCAAAUGACAUAAAAUUUCAGUUUUAAUACUUACUAUUUUUUGAAGAUCAAAAUUAUGUGUUCAGAAAUUUUUAGCUUACACUCAGAAUAGUUUCGUGUUUUGUCCGAUUUUUUUCUGUAGCCUACAUAGUUGAACAUGGAAACUGCAUCUCUAAGAAUUAAAUUCACACCUCUCCUGCAAAAAAAUCCUGAAAACAAUUCAAAAUGUUGUUUAGAAAUUGUGCCAGAAGUAUCAUGCUUACAAAACUUAGACAAACUCAUUUGGAGACAAGAGACUAAUUUUAUAGAGUAUAGAAUACCUAUAACGUGUAAAGUGAUCUUAAAGAAACGGCAAGCACUCCACGAUGGCUGCGACGAUGCCGUCAAGACGUACCACUCGUGUGUCGACUUGCUACUCACAUCUUCAAAGUCUACGCUCAAUCUUGGAUCCGGAGACGUCUCGAAAAUAAUAAGCGAUACUUACAUUCUAAAUAAAGCCCUAGAUGAUAUCAAAAGUAAACAACUUUUUAUCAAGUCUCUAACGGAUGGCAAUAAAGAUUUAGAUAGAAAUCCUGUUUUCCACAAAGCAACAUGUACUUCAGUGCCCUUAAAAGAACUCGAAACAGAAGAAGUUUUAAGUAUCAAGGAUGAAAAAGAAGGAACAAAGUCCCACCAUCGCCACAUGUCUGAAGACGCUAUACUGCAUAAUGCAUCAUUGAAUAAAAUCACCAAUACAGAAAACAUAUAUCCAAUAUUCAGCGACACCUUAGAAAGGUGCAACGCUAAUAUACUCACUGCACCUGUAAAGAAAUCACUAAAACAUGACGCCACACGAAGGCUAAGUUUAUCUCCAAUAUGUUCGCUGAGUACUCAAGAAUCUCGAUUCGUGAAUAAAAUUGUGGUGUCUAAAGCUGUAACCUGUAAAAUAUACGAUUCUCAUAAAGACUCAGGAAGUUCUGCUACUCCGAGUGAUUUGUCACACGACAAUCAAACCAAUAACACAAUGUCUGCGAUUAUUGAUGUGUCCAGCCAAUCAUCAAAAAGAUUAAGAUUUAAAUGCAGAGCACCUCCAGAAAUGAGAGUUGCGGAGUAUAAACAGUUUAUCGAAAACGAAAUGCUACCAAUGAAAAUGAUUCUUAAUGAUUUAUUGUCUAAAUGUUCCGCACUCGGAAUAUCAUUAUGCAAAAGGUCUUCAAAACCAAGUUUGAUGUUUAAAGCAGUAUCGUCGUGCAGUGAAAGUCCAGAGAUUACGAAAUCUGAAGAAUUUGCAAAAUCAAAUCGUGUUAUUUAUUCUGUUGUGUUUGAUGGAUAAAUUUAA